UUUGCGUGUUCUCGUAUUGGGCGUUUGUGAGUGAAUUGAUUGUUUGUUUUUCUCUUAUAAAAUUUGAUAAUCAUCCCGAUGUGAAUUUAAUCAUUUCGAAAGUAGAAUAUUCAAUCAUGUUGAUGAUAAACAAUCACAUUCCAUUGUUUACACUCAUCACGGCAAUAUUUUGCCUUACAUUUAUUCAUUGUAAUAAUAAUGAACCAAAAGUUCCGCUCAUAUUAUGGUCAAUGAAUAGUGUUGAUGAUGGUGGUCAAUUGUCCUCACCACCACAAUCAUUAAUCGAUGAUGUUUAUCCCGAAGAUUUGUUACAAAUGUAUCCGGAUAGUGGACGAGCUCGUAAAGUGGCAUUCAUUCAGAAAGAUAUUAAUGUAGAACAAUUCUCGCAAAGUAGUCUACCAUUGUCUAGAUUAUUCGAAGAAAACGAUGCGAUGUUUUUUCCUUAUUCAACAUAUGAAUCGCAAUUUUAUAAUUCCAAAUUCGACACAUUAGUACCAUUACCCGAAGAUACAUUGGAACAAAACGAACCAAUUAUUCGUUCAUAUGUUGAACAAUUCAAUCAAACCGAGCCAACAAUAUUCAUGUUGACCGGUGAAAAAAAUACCGUUUUUGAUGAAUUAAAUCAGCCAAAAAUACGUGUUCGCCGUGCAACUGAUGUUGCUGCUAAAGUAUUGAAAUUUCCCAAUAAAAAUGAACCAUGUGCAUAUAUGUAUGUAUCCAAAAUUGACAUUGUCAGCUAUGGUGAAAAAGAUCAGAAACCCGAAAAGUAUGAAUUCACCAAGUUUGAAGUUUCGAAUGGUAGCUGCUCAGAUAAAUCAAAAACCGAAACUCGAGCCGAAUCCAUUGAAUUCACAAUGGCCAAUGAAACGCCUAAAAAUUUUAAAGUCACAAUAAAGUUCAAUCGCGCUCGAACGUAUGUAAAAAUUCAAGUUUUCAAAUUAAUAAUUUCACACAAAUUUGGUAGAAUGUGGUGGGGAAUCAAAUCGAUCGAAGUUACUGAAAAUGAUGGUGAUUCAAAUGAAUGGUCAAAUCGUAAUUUUACGGCCAACAACGAAGAUGGGUUCUCUUAUAGUUGUUCGAAAAAGACAUAUCGAUUAGCAAAGAACAAUACUUUUGUUCCUGGUGGUGAAUAUGCCGAAAUUGUAUUCAAUCGAUUUCAAAUACAGCCAUUUGUAAGGACUAAAAGUCUGAAUUUGUUUGAAGAAAGUUAUGAUUGUGCCGUAUGGUUUACAUUACCUGUCAUAUCUAGUCUACUUGUUUGUCUAUUAUUGAUCCUGAUACUUUAUUGUGGACUAAGAGCCGUUAUGUCGAUUAGCACACCGGAUCGUUUCGAAAAUCCAAAAUCAAAGGGCCUGAUUCUGGGUGCUGUUGAUGAAUGAUUAUAAUGAUUUCAAUCAAUGAUUCUAUAUUUAAAUACAAAACAAAAUUUUCUUUUCCUUAUAUUGUAAAUAUUAUUCUGUCUGUUGUGUGAUUUAGUCCAGGACAUUAUUUAUAUCUCUUAUCUUUAUUCAGAAUAAAAUAGCCAAGAAAAAACUGUUA